CUGAACUUGAUCCUCCCAACAUCGGUAUGACGCAGUUGCUUGUGACCAUGGUGGUGGGGCUCCUGGCUGUGACCUGCCUCGCCAAGCCAGAAGGGCAUGGUGGUGGCGGCGGUGGCGAAGGUGAUGGCGGCGGGUAUGGUGGUGGCGGUGGUGGUGGCCACGGAGGUGGUAGCGGAGGCGGACAUGACGGCUCCAGCGGCGGCGGUGGCGGGUAUGGCAGCUACAGCGGCGGCGGUGGUGGGUAUGGCGGCUCGAGCGGCGGCGGUG